AUUGCCACCAACAAGAUGACAAAAGCAAGGAAGAACACCACCACUACCAAGUCUGAAGAAGAUAUUGACCAAAUUCUCAAUGAUUUGAAGAAUGAAGAAAAGAAGAGAGAAGAUAAGAAGCGUAAGGAACAAGAAAAGAAGGUCAAGAAACAACAAAAGGAUGGCUUCUCUAAGGAAGACUUGAAGAAGAAGAAACAAGAAUCUGCUGGUACUCCACAAGUUGCUACAACUCCAGCUACUCCAGAAGCCUCAUCUUCACCAUCCACUCCAUCAACACCUUCAACUCAAAAGAAGGAAAAGAAGGCUGCUGCCACAACUAGUACUGUAACUCCUGUUGAACAAAAGCCUGUUGUUGCUGAAAAGAAGAAAGAAAAGAAGGAACCUGUUGCUGAAAAGAAACAAGAAGAACCAAAGGUUGAAGAAAAGAAACCUGAACCAGUUCAAGUUGUUGAAGAAAAGAAACCAGAACCUGUAGUAGAAAAGAAGGUUGAACAACCAAAAGUUGAAGAAAAGAAGCCAGAGCCUGUAGUAGUUGAGGAAAAGAAACCGGAACCAGUUCAAGUUGUCGAAGAAAAGAAACCUGAACCAAUUGUUGAAGAAAAGAAACCUGAACCAGUUCAAGUUGUUGAAGAAAAGAAGCCUGAACCUGUAGUAGAAAAGAAGGUUGAAGAACCAAAAGUUGAAGAAAAGAAACCAGAACCUGUAGUAGUUGAGGAAAAGAAACCAGAACCAGUUGUUGCAGAAAAGAAGGUUGAACCAACUCCAGUUGUUGAAGAAAAGAAACCAGAACCUGUUGUUGAAAAGAAAGUAGAAGAACCAAAGGUUGAAGAAAAGAAGCCUGAACCAGUUCAAAUUGUUGAAGAAAAGAAACCUGAACCAAUUGUCGAAGAAAAGAAGCCUGAACCUGUUGUUGAAAAGAAGAUUGAACAACCAAAAGUUGAAGAAAAGAAACCAGAACCUGUUGUCGAAAAGAAGGUUGAACCAAUUGCUAUCGAAAAGGUCACACCUGUUGUUGAAGAAAAGACAAUUGCUCCAUCCACUCCAAAGAAGAUCAAUGAUACUAUUUCAAAGUUCGAAGAAUUGAAGGCUGAAGAAACUAUUGAAAAGAAGGUUGCUUCACCAUCUGCCAAACCAUUCGUCGCCACAACAUCCACUGGUAUCAAAUUUGAAGAAGCUAUCGGAGCUGCUUACAAUGAAUUGAGAGAUGAACAAUCUGAUAUUAGUUAUGCUAUUAUUGAAUAUGAUGAAAAGGAUAAGAAACUCCUCAAAUUGUUCAAGAAGGGUACCUCAUUCGAUGAAUGUUGUUCACUCUUGUUGCCAGAUAAGGCCUACCAUAUUCUUUUGCGUGUUAUUGCAUGUGAAUUAGAUAAUGUAAAGAGAAGCAAAUAUCUCUGUAUUACUUUUAUGGGUGAUGAAGUCAAGGCCAUUACUCGUGGUAAGGUUGCUGCCAACAUUAACGUUGUUGCUGAUCACUUUGCUUUGAAUCCAUUGCACAUUAAGGAUAAGAGUAAGAUUAAGGAAGAAGUUAUUGAAAAGAUUAAUAACAGUCUCGGAAUGAACAUUCCAUCCCCUAACUAUAUUUUCUAA